CUCUCUCACCAUCUGACAAUUGAGUACAAUGGCAGACCGAGUAUAGUGAAGGAAGUUACUCCGUGAAUUUCCCGAUAAUUGUGCAUUUGGUGAAAAGUAUUGUGAAAGAUGUUGGGUUCAGAGACUAGAUAGACAUAUAGGUCAUCAAUCUGUGCAUCAAUUGGGCCAGUUUUUGACCAGUAAGACAGGUGGUUUCUUCCAAAAAGUCAGACUUUCACUGUGGCGAAAAAGUUUUUCUCGUAUUGAAUGUGUAUUUGGGCGAGAGCUUUCCUGUGUCUCUCUCGCUCAAUUAUAUAGAUACUAAACAUGGCCGUUGUUGGAAUCUAUCGCAUUCACUCAAUAUGCAAGAGUGCAGAUGGAAUGAGAUGCACAUAAAAAAAAAGUGUUUGCUUUGAAGCUUUCAGACUGUGAAAUUUUCUUUAAAUGAAAUAAGACACACAAAAAAAAACCUUUCUUAGGUUCAUUAGAUUAGAAAAUGAGUUAAAUAAGUUUAGCAAAAGAAAAAUCUGUGAGAGUGUCUUUGGCAAAAGCUUUCUGCACCAGCAAUGUAAUGGGUAUUUUGUGGCAAAAGAAUCUGCAGAAGGUUCAAUGUAAUUUUCCCACAAAUCAUUGGAAAAGGUAUUGUUAACACUAUUAAAAUUUCUGAGGUUUGACAAGGCCAGUUCCCAACUAAAGUUGGACUACUUAGAAUCAACCCUCAUCUCAUUCAUUCUCACCCAGAAACAAUUGUGUUUAAAAGUGAAGUGAUUUUGAAAUUGAAAACGUGGUGCAGGACAAUAUUGUACUUGGGGUCCGCAGUCGUCUACCUCGGGGGGAGGAGGUGAAGUUUCGAGGGGACGUCGCGGAGAGUCAUGUCGCAAGUAGCGGGUGGUGCUGGUACAACCGAAUUCCGUGAAUACCAGUGGGCAUAUUCUAUAAUGGAUUCAUCACGGGUAUCCACAUGCUUAAUUUCAAUGCUCCUCAUUGUCUACGGUAGCUUCCGUAGUCUCAACAUGGAGCAAGAAGCCCGAGAGAGGCAAGAGAAGAAGCGUCAGAGUGAGAGUAUGAAUAAUCUCUUGACUGGAGAACCAGUGCAACAGGAAACAAGUAACAAUAAAUUUGCCACCUUGGACACAAUGCAUGCUCUCUGCUUACCCUUAGGAGCCUCAAUAUCACUUCUUGUGAUGUUCUUUUUCUUCGAUUCCAUGCAGAUGCUCUUUGCCGUCUGCACAGCGAUAAUUGCUACGGUAGCAUUGGCUUUUCUGCUCCUGCCAAUGUGCCAAUACAUUAUCCGUCCCUGCUCAGAUGGCAAUAGAAUAUCAUUUGGGAUCUGUGGUCGUUUCACGGCAGCUGAACUCUUUAGUUUCUCCCUGGCUGUAUCGAUAGUUUGCAUUUGGGUUCUCACCGGACACUGGCUUCUCAUGGAUGCAAUGGGAAUGGGCCUCUGUGUUGCAUUUAUCGCAUUUGUUCGUCUGCCGAGCCUCAAAGUAUCCACCCUACUGCUAACUGGUCUCCUAAUCUACGAUGUGUUCUGGGUGUUUUUCUCAUCAUACAUCUUCAGCACAAAUGUAAUGGUGAAAGUGGCCACGAGACCAGCAGAGAAUCCUGUUGGAAUUGUGGCCAGAAAAUUGAAUUUGGGUGGAAUUGUUAAGGAGCCGCCAAAGUUGAAUUUGCCAGGAAAAUUGGUUUUUCCCAGUAUUCAAAACAGUGGUCAUUUCUCAAUGCUUGGCCUCGGGGACAUUGUGAUGCCGGGUCUUUUGCUGUGCUUUGUGCUGAGAUACGAUGCGUACAAGAAGUCACAAGGUACCUCAGCUGAGACUGGAGUUCCACCGCCAAAGGGUGUCGGCUCUAAACUUACGUAUUUUCAUUGUUCCUUAUUAGGAUAUUUUUUAGGUCUUCUAACAGCCACAGUAAGUUCAGAAGUUUUCAAAGCUGCUCAACCAGCGCUUCUCUAUUUAGUUCCCUUCACACUUUUGCCCCUGCUAACCAUGGCAUAUCUUAAGGGCGAUUUGAGGCGUAUGUGGAGCGAACCGUUCAUAACACAACAAACUUCAAAGCAGCUGGAAGUCUGAGGAAUAUAGUAUUUAUAAGACAAGUUAUCUCGUUGGCUACGUUAUGUUUCCGGCUGGCCAGGAGACGACAAGUGAGAUAUGUUUACUAUUUUGUUAAUUUUUUUGGAAAAUCUUUACAAGUUUGAAAAGAACCAGAAGCAUCUCAUUCAAUCAUUGGGAAAGGGUACAUUUCUCGGGGUGAUUUGGGGGUUUGGGAAUCCUGAAGGGGUGUAGGGGGUGAUGCCACUUACUUGGUUAUCCUUUGAAAAGACCUUUCCGGGGAUCCUGAUGAUCCUCGAUGUUUCAGAAGAGUCUCAAUUUCCACUUGACGAUAAGGAAUCCAAGAUUAAACACUUCUUUCACUGAAUAACACUUCCGGGAAUGAAUCACUUUAUGUCCGGACACUUUUUGGAAGGUUCUAACCUAAAAAACAAUUCAGGGAACUUCCUGUAAUCAACGCACGAACAAAUGAUUACAAAACACUUUACAAUGCAGAAAUAGAUCACAGGAAAUCACAUCUGUACCUCCCAAUGUACUCCCCAGUUCCUUAUGAGGGACAAAUCAUCCUUUCCCUUCUGCCUUUCCGGCUUCCGGGAAGAAAAAUUCGCCCACGUAAACCAAAGCCACCCCCAAAAAACUAAACGCAAAUUUUGCAAAGGUUUUUCACACACUUUUCUCAAUAUUUCCUCAAAUCCCAAAUCACGAUCACUUUCCCACAAUCACAGAUUAUCUUUUGCAACAAUAUUUAAUCCAUUUCACUCACAAAAUACCGCGAGAUUCGAAAAAAAGGCGCGUAUAAAACAUUUUUCCACGGAAAAAUGUUUCAGGUGAACUGCCAUCUUGGAAUUCAAAAUACUCUUUCCGAAACGGUCUCCGGAAUAUGGCGUAGUCAACGAUUAAAUCUUAGAAAAAAACAUGAAAAAAAUGAAAAAAUGCAAUUUGCAAAAAAAAAAUAUUUGAGAAAAAUAUUAUUUCAUUAGAUUUUAAGCACAGAUACUAAGGAGAUGCAAUUAAUUUACCUGGGAAAUUACACGAACAAAUUAGCUAGAGCUAAAGUCAAAAAACACA